AUGGCGGUCGGACUUGGGCAAAGGUUUUUGAUGAAGAUUGUGAAGAAUGAAUCCAUGAGAACCCCGGAAAUUUAUGGAUGGAGAGUUUUCUUCUUAGCAUGUUCCGCUUGUUUCGGUGGCAUGCUUUUUGGUUGGGAUAUUGGUACAAUUGGAGGUGUUAUUGUGAUGCCGUCUUUCACCAAGAAAUAUCAUAUCGACACACUUAGUAAGGUUGCGCAAGCAAAUCUUGCAUCGAAUAUUGUUAGUACAUUACAAGCAGGUUGUUUCUUUGGAUCAUUGGCUUCCUACUACGUUGCAGAUCGAUGGGGUCGAAAGCCUGCGCUACUCGUUGCUGCCGGUAUCACAAUUCUAGGUGUCAUUAUUCAAUGUGCAUCAGACGGGCAUAUCUCAGCAUUAUAUGUCGGUAGACUGGUUAGUGGACUAGGUGUUGGAGCUGCAAGUAUGCUUACACCACUUUAUGUCAGUGAAAAUGCACCAAGAGCUAUCAGAGGUGCUCUCACCGGAAUGUAUCAACUAUUCAUUGCUACCGGGACUAUGUUAAGUUUUUGGGUCAACUACGGUGCCAUAUUGCAUCUCAAAGGCGAUACAGCAUGGAUCGUUUCACUGGCUUUACAAAUGUUGCCGGCAAUGUUCCUACUCGUAGGAAUCUUUUUGUGUCAUGAAUCUCCUCGGUGGUUGGCUCGCCAAGACAAUUGGGAAAAGGCUACUGCAGUCUUGUCACUAGUUUCCAAUCUUCCACCGGAUCAUCCAUACGUUCGCAUGGAGUUAGAAGAAAUGGCCGAACAACUCGAAAACGAGCGUCGACUAAUCGGCGGCGCUGGUUUCCUUGAUCUCAUGAAAGAAAUGUGGACAAUAAAAGGAAAUCGCAACCGAGCAUUAAUAUCAAUCGGACUAAUGAUCUGUCAACAAAUGACUGGCACCAACGCCAUCAACUACUACGCUCCAAAGAUCUUUUUGAAUCUCGGCAUUGACUCCACCACAUCCGGGCUAUUCGCCACUGGUAUCUAUGGAAUUGUAAAAAUGGCAACCUGUGCUGCUUUUCUCCUCUUAGCUGCUGAUUCUCUCGGACGAAGAAAAUCUCUGCUCUGGACGAGUAUUGCACAAGGAUGUGCUAUGUUUGUUAUUGGUUUCUAUGUGCGAUUUAAUCCGCCGCUUCCGAAUGCUGUCAUACCUCCCGUAGGAUAUUUUGCCUUGACUUGCAUUUAUCUAUUUGCCGGGUUCUUUCAAUUUGGUUGGGGACCCUGUUGUUGGAUUAUUGUUAGUGAGAUUCCGACUGCAAGAUUGAGAGCGUUGAAUGUAGCGAUUGCGGCAGCGGUCCAGUGGUUGUUUAACUUUGUGGUUGCGAAGGCGGUUCCUACUAUAACAGUCGGCCGUGCCGGCUACGGUACUUACUUCAUCUUCGGCACCUUCUGCUUCAGUAUGUUUUUCUUCGUCUGGUUUCUUAUCCCUGAAACCAAAGGUCUCUCGCUUGAGAAAAUGGACGAUCUGUUUGGGGUCACUGCAAUAGCUCAUAAAGGAGAUGUGGAAUCGAAUACUGGAUCGAUUCGAGGAGGCCCUGGUACUCAUGUCAGCACCAACAAUGAGAAAUUCGCUGCUACUAUUCCUGAUGUCGAAGCUGGUAAUGAUAAUCUGAGGAAGAGAGAGGUCACAAAGGCCACGGUUGAGGAAGAGCAUAUUGAACACGCUGGUGUGCCAAAACCGCAUGUCCAAAUUUAA